AUAGUAGGUGCCACAUCCCCAUCAACCUACGCCACCAUCGACCACCACCACGUUGACUCUUGUCAACUCUCCCGAUAAACAAUCCGAUCCCCAAGCCCAUUUGUUCCUCCAACCUUCAACUACCUCAUAAAUUAAUAACUUCAACUCCAAACACACACACACACACAUAGUCAAAUGAGUUUAGGUACGCUCCCCAUUGUUCUCUUAGUAAUCUUUGCACUAUCCACCGUUGCCCUCAUCGGCUCAUGUCUCUUCGUCCUCUGGCGUCGUCGCUCGUUCCAUCACCGCUCCUCCCCGGCUCCCCCCAUCCGCAGCCGCGAUGCAACGGUUAAUUUUUUCAACUUUGAGGCUGCAACCAAAGAGCUGCAAUACUUCUUCCGGUUGAAACCACUUGAACCGGUCGAACUCGACCCACAUGACCCGCCUGUUAAGGACACAGGCGGGUCAUCGCCCGACGACCAGGUGGUGGUCGAUGUUUUUAAGUUGGAAGAAGUUCAUGGAUUGUCUAGGUUUCUUUCGACCAUCAAAGAAGAUAAAGAAGAAGUUGAGUCAACGCCUGACGUUGACUUUUCAAUCAAACCGGUGGAGGUGGAAGAGGAAGAUGGAGUGGGUGUGAUGGUUGAUGAGGAGGUCGGACAUACGAAGACGGUGUUCUCUACACCGUGUGAUUCCCCGGUGUUUUUCACACCAGUCGGAUCUCCGUUACGAGAUGUUAUGGAGCCGCCCGUGUUCAUUGUCUCUGGUCCAUGAGACCGGAGACAGUGGUAACAAUUGCUAAGAUGUUUUUUUCUUUUUAUUUUUUAACUGGUUUGGAAAAGUUUUCAUGUAUUUUAGUUGCUUUUUGAAACUUGUUUUGAUUCUAGGUUGACUAAUAUAUGUGAAUAGUGUUUACGAGAUUCCGUUAGUUGAACUAGUAGAUAUGGUACGUUUUUCAUAGUUUGUGAUAAGUUGGCAAAAAUGUACUCGUUUUUAAUCUACAUUGUUCACAUUGGAUUCUUAUAAA